AUGGCGGAUAUAAUGAAUAAUCUUUCCGAUCGUCUUCUUUUUGGAAUUCCUAAAAAAGGUCGUCUUCAUGAACAUAGUCUCGCUCUCCUUAAUGGUGCAGACAUUAAUUUUUAUCGUCAUAAUAGACUUGACAUCGCUUUGGUUCAAAACCUUCCAAUUGCUCUUGUAUUUCUUCCUGCUGCCGACAUAGCAAAAUAUGUUGCCGAUGGAAAUGUUGAUCUAGGAAUUACAGGCCAGGAUAUGAUUUUAGAAUCACAAGUCGAUGAUAGAGUUGUACACCUUUUAGAAUUAGGUUUCGGGAAAUGUAAAUUACAAGUUCAAGUCCCGAUUAAAAGUACUAUACAAAAAGUUGAAGAUUUGGUCGGAAAAAGGAUUGUUACGAGUUAUGAAGUUUUGGCCAAUGAUUACUUUGAGAAAUUAGAUAAGAAACAUUUGAAUGAGAAUCAAAGAAAAGAAGGGGAAAAAACAAAAAUUGAAUUUGUUAGUGGUAGUGUCGAGGCAGCUUGCGCUCUUGGUUUGGCUGAUGGUAUUGUUGAUUUAGUUGAAUCCGGUGAGACAAUGAGGGCAGCCGGUCUUCAUGCCAUUGCUACAAUUAAUAGCACACAAGCAAUCCUGUUUCGUAAUAAAAACCCUUCCAAUCCCUCCCUUGUUUCCAAGAUUACAUCUCGAAUCAAGGGUGUUAUAGCCGCUCAAAAAUACGUAUUACUUAGCUAUAAUAUUCAUCGUAAUACUGUUAGUGAAGCUACUAAGAUUACUCCGGGUAGGCAAGCCCCUACUAUUAGCCCUUUAGAAAAUAAUGAUUGGGUUGAAGUACAAAGUAUGGUUUGUAAAGAUGAUGUUGCGGAAAUAAUGGAUAAAUUGGAAGAAAUAGGUGCUAAAGAUAUUUUGGUCUUCAAAAUUGAUAAUUGCAGAGUAUAG